AUGUCGACCAGUUCUGCAGCAGACGACGCUGCUCAAGCAGCCUUGCACGAGUCCACGGUUGAAUCAUGGACGCUCUAUGCAAUUGGCGUUACUGUGACGCUGAUCCGAACGUAUUCCCGGGUGAGAGCCGCGGGAUUCAGACACUUACAAGCCGAAGACUUCCUUGUGUGGGUUGCAAUUCUAUUCUACACGGCGCAGACGGCUCUUGCGUACAGCGUGGGCCAUGACGCGCAUGGCCUCGCGAAUAAUGGCAUGACCGACGCUCAACGGGCUGCCUUGUCCCAUGAUGAUCCAGAAUACCGAUUGAGGGUAAUCGGCUCGAAAAUUCAAGUCGCUGGUUGGACUACAUAUUCGGUGUUGAUCUGGUCGCUCAAGCUGUCCAUGUUGGCAUUCUAUCUUCGACUUACAGAGGGCCUUGGCAAGCGUUAUCGCAACCCCAUCUAUGUUGGGUUUGCUCUUGUCGUCGGAACCUUUCUCGUCAGCGUAAUCACGAUCUUCGCGGCAUGCCGGCCGUUCCACAAGUACUGGCAGAUCAAACCAGAUCCUGGCAACGUCUGCCAGGCUGCCGUCUCCAAGCCUAUCAUCUGGGCCACCUUUGCCUCCAAUGUUUCAACUGAUAUCUAUCUCAUCUUGAUCCCCAUUCCCAUGCUCUGGAAAUCCAGACUGAAGCUCUUGAAAAAGGUGGCGGCGACCAUCGUAUUUAGCGCUGGUUUGUUCGUUCUUGUGUGUGCUAUCCUUAAGAGUGUCUUUGUCCUAGUGGACCCCGUCAAUGGCGCACAGCUCGCCGGCGCAUGGGGAACCCGGGAGACCUUCGUCGCAGUGGUGACAACGAAUCUGCCCAUGGUGUUCCACCUUUUCAAAUCCUGGCUCUCCCGACUAUUCGGCAGCGCGUUCGGCAGCUCGCAGAAGACAUACAAGUCGCCGAUUGGCUUUCAGACAAUCGGCGGUGGUGCUGGUGAAUCCUCCACGCGGAAUCGUCGAGGUCCUCAGACCGUUCAUCCUAUUACCGCCAACUUGACAUUCAGCGAGAGUGAGGAACGGAUGAUUGACGAUGUUAAGUUGAACAACCUGGACGCAUUUGGCUCACCCGGCACUGGCAGCGAACGUCGUUCAGGCGGCAUUGUAGUCUCCAAUCAGGUUGAGAUCACCCAUGAGGAUAGAAGCAGCCCUCUCAGUGGGCAUGAGCAGCGCCGUAGGGGGGAUUGGUAG